AUGGCCCCUUCUCGUCGCCACAGCAAUGGUCGCUCCCCUCUGGUUCGAAAGCAAAGCCAAAUAACGGCCUUCUUCUCCCCCGGGAAGAGCCCCGGAGAAGUACCCAGCGUAUCCUCCACCCGGAACGCCGCCUCCUGUAGCCCAAAAGACUGUUCUCCUGAAGGUGUCCUCAGCCUUAACCCUAAUCCCAACCCUGAACCUGACCCUGACCUCACGCUUCCGUCCUCUAAGAGGAAGAAGCCCCUCUUGGUAGUCGGCCACACACCCGACUCGUCGCUCAAAGCCGCAAAUCCCCGACUAGGGGAGGAAGUUAUCGGGCGGAGACUCAGGGUAUUCUGGCCCCUGGACAAGACCUGGUAUGAAGGACAGGUCAAGUCAUUUGAUAGGGAAGCUGGCAAGCAUGUGGUUCAGUAUGCUGAUGCCGAGGAGGAGGUUCUGGACCUUGGAGCUGAGCGAAUCGAAUGGGUUGAGGAGUCUGCGAGGAGCUUUCGCCGAUUGCGGCGUAGGACCUCAGUCUCGGAAUCGUUGUUGCCUGAUACGGUAUCGACAGGGGAUACAAACACUGGGGAGGACGUCACAGAGGGCUCGCAAACAGGGGAAGACACUACCGAGGACGAAGACUGGAACGAGGGUUCGGGGGAGGAAAUCGACAAGGGUUCAGAUGAAAUGAAGCUAGAAGAGGAAAAUAGUGACGGUGGCGAAGAACACCCAAAGACACGUCGAGGAAAGAACUCAGCGUCAAAAAAACGGAAAACGGGAGAAGCUGAUAAGGUUGACCCUGCAAAGAAGGAAAGGUCUGAUGUAAAUUCGAAGAAACUCUUGUCCACGUUUCCAGUUGGUGAUCCUGGAAACUUGGUUAUUGGGACGAUGAACAAUUUUGAAAGUGAGUACGACAAGUACUAAUACCAUUUUUGUAAACUGCUCCCAACUGAUCUAACAAUGGCUUGAGGUUAUUGAAUAAAUCCUCCAUUAUGAACAAACACCGUAGCAUGCUUCUGUUUUUCUCCUGUUUCCAAGGUUUUUUUCCCUGAUGUUUAGAAGAGUAUGAAUGAUAAGAUUUAUAUUUUUUUUUCCACAGGAAGGAAUGAACUCCAUAAUACAGAUAAGUUACUGUCCAGUGAUGCAAUUGAGCGUUUUGGAAAGCGAGAAACAGAAAAAUUUAGAUUUCUUGGGGAGUAAGUGCUUACUAAACUGAAGGCUUGAUUUUCAUUUAGACUUCUAUCUCUGUUCUCGUUCGAUUUUCAUUUAUAAUAUUUACCCCUUCAUCUAACGAUUACUGCCCCAAAGAAUGCAUCAAUCCAUUUUGGCUUAUGUUGAGAACGCAUGAUUGAGCCAUGUUACCCGGAGGAUUACUCGGAGAAAGGAGGGUACUCGCAGUGGGGGUGUAGUGGACACGAUCACAGAGUCAUAGAAUGGGCCAUACAGCCCUGCUAAUGGAGGAAAGAUUCUUGUGAAGCUCUAUUGUGGAGCAAAGACGCAACAGCUCCAAGUAAAGAUAGUCUGGUCCUUUGACUAUGGUGACUUCAUUCCAUCACUGAUUUGUGUUACUAACGUGAUGAUGGUGUACAACUACAUAUCUGUUGUUGUGUUGAAAUUAUUUUGAGAUUUUAACGUCAUGAAUAUAGAGUCGACCAAUAAUAGAAGACUGAAGCCAGACCUACACUGGGACUGGACUUGAUCUGCCUGAGCGACCAAGAGUGGUGUUUGAAAAUCGUUUUACGUUUCGAAUCCGAUCACAAUGAAGUAUCCUUAUGCACUCACCGAAAAAAUUCCGGGCAACAGGGUCCCUUCUAGGCCAAUCUGCAAACCACUUAUUUAUUUAAGCCACGGAUCCAUUGCCACCCAAACUCAUCCAGAAGCUGGUAGUAUCCACCAACAACCAACUGUAACACACUUCUAUCAGAGGCAUUAUGACUUCGUAAAUGGCACGUAUCUUUCUUCUUCUCCUCCCUUUCACCUCAAUAUAAAGCGGUUAGAAGUGCAGUAUUAUUCGUAUUUUUACUUGAUUUUUUCCUAAGCUGACGAUGACACAGGGGACGAAAGGAUGCCAAUAAACGACGACCUGGAGAUGCAAGUUACGAUCCAAAAACACUGUACCUGCCACCAGAGUUUUUAAAAAGCUUAACUGGCGGCCAGGUUUUAAUUUUAAACAAACGGCACUACCUAGCGUACGUUUUUUCUUUUGACAUUAUUUCUCUUUGUAUCUUCGUAACCCUGGCUUUUUAACUUUGUAGAGACAAUGGUGGGAGUUCAAGGCUAAACAUAUGGACAAAGUUUUAUUUUUUAAGGUAAAUCUGCACUUUAUACAAAAAGGCCAACAUAGUUUGAUUAUUAUUUUUUUUUAUAACUAUCAACAUCUUAGAUUUAUUUCAUGGAGCAGAUGGGAAAGUUUUAUGAGUUGUUUGAAAUGGACGCACAUAUUGGGGCGAAGGACCUUGAGCUGCAAUACAUGAAGGUAAAAGUGGUUUGACGGCAUAACAUUCUAAUUAGUAGCACAUCCUAGCUCUUUUCGUUUCACCAAGCAUAUCUUGGUGUAUUAUCUAUGCUGCUCCGAUUCAAAUCGCAGUGAUGCUUGAGACCAGCGUCAAUAUUAUCUUUUCUGUGGAUUGUGUUGCUUUAUUUCAGGGAGAGCAACCACAUUGUGGGUUUCCUGAGAAGAAUUUUUCAACAAAUUUGGAGAAAUUGGUCAGAAAGGUUUGUUCUCACGCGUAAUUUGUAUGCUUCUUCAGUUAUUGUGUUUUAUUUAGUAAUUUAUUGAAAGUUUUGAUUUGCUCUUUCUCAGUUUUUUUGAUGAAGGAAUGUGACUGUGCAGGGUUAUCGAGUUCUUGUUGUUGAGCAAACUGAGACACCUGAACAACUUGAACUUCGUCGCAAGGAAAUGGGUUCCAAAGACAAGGUCGUUUAAUACGUCCUGAAAAGCUUUAAUUAAGCCUGUUUCCAUAGUUAAUUUAUAGUUGAUAAUAAAUCUCAGUGAGCAGUAACGCCCAUUUAAGUGUAAAUAGUGUACUGUGUCUGAGAAAGUAUCUUGAAUUUUCUUGGGAACACUUGUGGAUCAAUUUGUAAGGAAAGAUAUUGUCAGUGCCAUUGACCGUCUUAUUUCUUUUUGUGGUCUCAUAGGUCGUGAAACGCGAAAUCUGUGCCGUUGUAUCAAAAGGAACACUGGCCGAGGGUGAGUUGCUGUCUAGGCAUGCUGAUGCCUCCUACUUGUUGUCUUUGACAGAGAAAUCUGCAACUCUAGAGGACCGGGAGAGAACUGUAUUAGGUGUUUGUGUAGUUGACGUGUGCACGAGUACAUUUAUGCUCGGACAGGUAAGUUAUUCAAGAUGCAUCAAUGAUUUUUUUUGGGGCCAAGGUUCAGAUUGUUCGGAGCUAAUUUUAGUGUCUAUGUUUCAUACUCUUCUUGUCUUAAUUUUUCUUUACAGUUUGAAGACGAUUCUGAGCGGCAGUGUUUAUGUUCUAUGCUGUCUGAGUUGAGACCUGUGGAAAUCAUAAAGCCCUCUAAAGUUCUGGGUCCUCAAACUGAAAGAGCACUUCAGAGACAUACAAGGUGUCCUCUAGUUAAUGAGUUAGUCCCUUCUGUGGAAUUUUGGGACUCUCUCAAGACUGUCAAAGAGAUUCAAAAUAUGUAUCAGCAAUGUGGGCAUCCGCCUGUUUCUGGAUCUUUGGAUAAUGACGCAUCUGAUGAUGCGGUGAACGAGUCUUCUUCCUUCCCAGAUGUCUUAUCUGAUUUCAUGAAUGCUGGAGAGAACGGUAGUUAUGCCCUUUCUGCUUUUGGAGGAUGUUUGUUUUAUCUUCGACAAUGUUUACUGGAUGAAUCUUUAAUUAAAUGCGCCAAGUUUGAGUCACUCCCAUAUUCUGGGGUGAUAAAUAUGAUCCAAAGGCCAUAUAUGAUCCUUAAUGCAUCCGCUCUUGAGAAUCUUGAGAUAUUAGAGAACAAGAAUGGAGGCUUCUCUGGGUAAUUAGAAUUCAUUAAUAAACUAUCGCAUUUAUUUUCUGGGUUAUUUGUCAACUAAAGUGAUACCAUCUAUCAUUUAGGACAUUGCUUGCUCAGCUGGAUCACUGUGCAACAGCGUCUGGCAAAAGGUUGCUCAAAAGCUGGCUUGCUCGACCUCUUUAUGAUACAAAGUCUAUCGUUGAACGGCAGGAUGCAGUUGCAUAUUUUAAGGUCCAUUACUGAUUUUCAAAAUUAUUUCACAGUUUCUGAAUUAAUGCCUUUUCGGUUUCUCCUUUCAUUUUACUACGUCAGUCUUAUUUAUGACUCUGGUAGUAGAACUUCUGGAUCUUCAACAGAUGAAGGAUUUCAUGCAUGAGGGUUUCCAAUCAAAUGAUUCGUAUUUCUUUAUUUUCACUGAGAGAAAGAAACUCUGUUUGUCUUCAGAAGACAACAGAAUCCUUCUGUUUGAUCAGUGUCGUGAAUCAAUAAACUAUAUGCUGAUGCAAUCUCGUAGAACUUGCUUAGAUUGUGACUCGAAAUGCACUCCAUAGUUAAUUUCAUCGUAUCUAUUAUGUCUAUCACUUCCAAUUUGAUCAUGAUGCCUUUAUAUUAAGAACCCAAAAGAUAUGGUUCAAACUCUGCUCCUGUUUUUAAUAGGCAUGCUGGUCCAAGUGGAUUUGAUGACUUUAACAACACAAUUCUCGUUUAUUUACGCGUUGCUGUCAUCCUACAAUUUCAAAAUACGUGACAGUUGACACAAGUACUUGUUGACCUUUGUCUGGGGAAUGUUUCCAGUGAGAUCAUCGUAGAACAUGCGAGGGAUCCUUUUUGUGCAGUUUAGUAGUUUACCUUAGUGGUUUUGUAGAGGUUUUUUUAGAGGAAUGCAGAAGGUUCUUUUAGAGAAAUUUAGGCUUCCACUUGUGUAUUUUUCCAAGUCAAGACUGCUCUGCAAGUAUAAAGCAGAUGUUAUGCAUCCAUCACCUCACGACAGACAUAUUGUACAGUUGACGACUGACACCAGGAUAUUGUUUAUGGGUAUAUCACCGGCAGUUGUGUCAGCUGUUCUAUAAAAAUGAAAGGAAGUAUCUUAUCGUGUUAAAUUUAUGACUUCGUCUUUAAACUAAAGAACCAAUUCUUGUUGCAUGGACCUAUUUCUCUUACUUUAUUCUUGCAUAUGGCACAACUUCGAUUACAGGGAGCUGCUUUGGGCUCGGCACUUGAAUUUCGAAAAGAUUUGGCUAAGCUUCCGGACAUGGAACGCCUGCUGGCUCGCCUCUUUUCUACCUGGUAAAAGGGCAAAGUUCUCUUCCUAAGUAUAAAGUCACGCCAUCCUGUUCUAUACCCAUGGUUCAUUCUGCUGAACCAACCAUCAAUGCUAUCAAUUAGGAUCCUGUCUUGAUUGGUUUGUCAACUACCUCAAUUUUACAUCUACUGAUGCUGGUGAAAUGUUUGGGUUUCAAUAUGUACGUCCCCUCGCAUCUCUUUUUUCUAGCGGUGAUGAACCUCGCCCAAGGUUGAACUUUCUUGGCAAUUUGUGUCUAAAAUUUAAUUAUUUUGUGGAUUAUCUUGGACAUUUUACGGCUCGUGUUGUUAUGACUUCAUUAUUGUUUCUACGCUGAGAUGUAGUAAUUGCUUGAAAACUGACUAGUAGUUACAUCAAAUCACUAAAAUAAUAAAAACCAACUGAUAUCUACAGCUUGAAAAUACCAGUUAGUGUCUUAGUCAGCUCUCAAAGGUUUCGUAGACAGGUGGAAUUAAAAGCUCCGUACCGUCAUCAACUGACGUAUCACUAAAUGUUGGAAUUAAAACCUCAAAAACAUUGUUUUCUUCUGCAUUUCUAACGCAUAUCGACAGAAGUAAUAAGCAUCAAAAUUCCUUGAAUGAUCUUGUGAUUUUAAUGAUUCCACUGAUGUUAAGAGGUCUAUGUCGUCACUCCGUAUGCUGUGAAGAUUUGGUUCAAUUGGAAUAUUUAACUUAAUGUGGCCUGUUUGUGUAUUUGAUAUAUUUCUUUUAAUAUCUGCUUAUAAUGAUUUCAACCCUGAUUUGUGUCGGUGGUUCUUUCAAUGUGCCAUAGUGAGGCUAAUGGGAGAAAUGCCAACAAAGUAAUCCUUUAUGAGGAUGCAUCAAGGAAACAACUUCAAGAGUUCGUAGCUUGUCUACGUGGUUGUGAAGUUAUGGCUAAGGCAUGUUCUUCUUUGGGUUCUAUACUGGAAGAAACUAAAUCUAACUUGCUCCUUUACCUUUUAACGCCAGGUGGUGCUUUAUUUCCUCAUAUUACAAGCUUUACUUAUGCUAUUAGAUAUGACAUCGAUAUUUACAAACUGUUGUGUGUAGGCAAAGACCUCCCAGAUGUCCAUUCCGUUAUAAACCAGUUUAAGGAUGCUUUUGAUUGGGCAGAAGCUGAUCAAUCCGGGCGUAUUGUACCUCAUCAAGGGGUUGACGCUGACUAUGACUCUGCCUGUAGAACAAUAAGUGACAUAGAAUCAAGCCUGGCCAGGUACCUCAAGGAGCAACGCAAAGCUCUGGGUGAUGCUUCGGUAAGGGCGUCCUUCAGAAUUGCGUCAUUCCAUGCUUUCUCAUCUUUCUCUUGAUGUUUCCUCAUUUGACGUCCUUCAUAGAUCACUUAUGCAACUGUUGGAAAGGAGCUAUAUUUAUUGCAAGUUCCCGAGGAUUUGGGAGGGAGAAUUCCCCGAGACUAUGAGCUUCGUUCCUCCAAAAAGGUUGGUGGCUUGAACAGAAGUUUCCCAUCACUUCAGAAAUCAUUCUUGAACAAGAGCCAUUGUAGUCUUAUAUUCAAUGACUAUCAGAGGUUGGGGUUACUUGGUCAGAGUCAAGAUAUCCAUCAGUCCGACUCGUGCUACCCUUCGGAUUGUCUUCAGAUAUCCAGAUACUAUUUUUUUUAUGUUUUUAAAGGUUCACGGUCUAAAACCCUUGUCAUGUUAUAUUCUCUUAUAUUUUUGGAGCCUUUGAGGUCUAGAUCAUUUUUAUCCAUGCUAAACAGUGCGGUGUUCGCUCCGACGCCUACUAGAAAACGUUCCCUCUAUGAACCUUACUCUGAUCCUAAAUAGCGGUUGCCUGCAACAGCACCGUCUUUCUGGAUCAAAUGUCAUAAUCUCACCAAAAAUCGAAAACCUUGCCUGAUGAAUAUACAAGAAGAUCCUCAAAAGGAGAUCCAAUGGACGUGCGGACCACCCAUAUGACCUCAUUGAUUGACCUCCCAGUCAACGUCCUUGAACGGGUUCUUGACGUUUUUACUCUGCGUAUUCAGGGCUAUUUUCGGUACUGGACGACAAAAAUUAAAAUGUGGCUGGCGGAGCUCUCCCAAGCUGAAGCUGAGAAGGAGUCCAAGCUGAAAAGCAUUUUACAAGUUCUGAUCAAGCGGUUUAGCGGAUAUCAUCGUUUGUGGAGGCAGUUGGUUUCUGCAACAGCAGGCAAGUCAUGAACCUAAUAAAUAGAUCAAUUUAUAUACACCUACACACUCAAAUCUGUAUUUUUUGCAUUAAAAUUUUUCAUUCGAUGUAUCCAUGGUGGAUGCAAAGCGCCAUCCUGCUCUAGAUGCACACUUAUUGAACGAUAAUGAAAUGAACGAACUAAAUAUUGAGAUAGAAACAAGCCUUCGAUGCACUAAUUGUCGCCAGCCUAUGACAAUAUGAUAUCUGAAUGGAGGUAAAUGCCGCGAAGUGAUUCCUCCAAAUGUCGAAAUAUAUAGCAAUUUAGCUACAUUUAUUCAUGUGCAUUAAGUUUCUUUGAAUUUUUGUGUUCUGAUGGAUUACAUAGGAGAACACGGAUUUCCGUUUCCCCUUAAACUUAUCGAGUUUAUUUAACAAUCUGCGUAUUUUACAGAGCUGGACGUCCUGAUAUGUCUGGCGAUCGCCAGUGACCACUACGACGGACCAACCUGCCGGCCGACGAUCAAACCCACGUCUCCUUCGAGUGACUCUGUUCCUCCUCUGUUUGCCAGAAGCCUGGGGCAUCCGAUUCUUCGCAGUGAUGCCUCGGGUACAGCUUCCUUCGUUCCCAACGAUGUCCGCAUCGGCGGGGACGGACAUCCCAGCUUCAUCCUCCUCACUGGUCCCAACAUGGGCGGCAAGUCCACUCUUCUCCGGCAGAUCUGCCUGGCUUCGGUUCUUGCCCAGGUGUGAUCUCGCUUUACUUAACCCAUUAAAGAUAGAAAUAUUCAAAGCCCUCUUCAUUUCCGAGCGAUCUCUUCCAGUUGGGUGCUGACGUUCCUGCGGAAAGGUUCGAGCUCUCCCCCGUCGACCGGAUCUUCGUCCGAAUGGGCGCCAGGGACCACAUCAUCUCCGGCCGAAGCACCUUCCUCACAGAACUCACAGAGACUGCGUCCAUGCUGGUGAGACCGGAUCUUUCGACGCCUUCCUUCAAAAGAAAGGGAGCAUUUUCUGCGUUGAUUCCUCUCACAUUGGCUAUUUUUUUCUGCCUUGCUCGUCGCUGCAGUCGUCUGCCACCCGCAACUCUCUCGUGGUUUUGGAUGAACUCGGCCGGGGGACGUCGACCUCUGACGGCCAGGCCAUAGCGUAAGAACAGUGGGACCUCUGGGGGCGAGCCUCCUUCGUUAGUCAACUCACCGUCCCUCCUCCUUCGUGACAGGGAUUCUGUACUGGAAUACUUCGUCCGAAGCGUGCGAUGCCGGGGCUUGUUCUCCACCCACUACCACCGCUUGGCUGUAGCCUACGAGGACAAUCCCGAGGUAUAUUUCUGCUCUCUGGCUGCGUCUCAACGAUCUUCCCCAACUUCUUGGAAGGAGGGACUUCAUCGUCGUGGAACCACCCGCAGGUAUCCCUCUGCCAUAUGUCUUGCCAUGUUGGGAAAGGGGCCGGCGGCAUUGAGGAGGUCACCUUCCUCUACAAGCUCAAGCCCGGCCUCUGCCCCAAGAGCUACGGCGUUAAUGUCGCGCGGUUGGCCGGUAUGUUUCCUUAAACGGUUCUCAUCACUUUUUCUACACAACUAUUCUGUAAACGCAUGACCGGGUCCUCUCUCUCUAAAGGUCUUCCCGGAUCUGUUCUUGAGAAGGCUGCGGAGAAGUCACGGGAGUUCGAGGUAACAUACGGGAAGGGGAAGGGCGGCGGGAAGGGUAGUCUGGCCGUUCUCCGGGACUUCGUCCGCCUGUCGGUGAGGGAUCCGGUAGCCUCCAACCUGAGGCUGCUAAUCGAGCUUCAGCAGAAAGCUGGGUCGCUCGUCGAAGCGAGCUGA